CAAUCAGAAGGGGGCUUGUGACACGGUGCUUGUAGGGCGGCAAUGUGCUUUUUCAGGAGGAAGUAAAUAAACAUCUGUCUUGAAAUAUUCACUAUAUUGGAGAUCUGGGAGUUCGGAGCCCGACGACAAGGUGAGAACAGGUAUGGAUGUGGAAGGCUUUGGGGAACUCCUCCAACAAGCAGAACAGCUUGCUGCAGAGACAGAAGCAAUCUCAGAACUUCCCCAUGUAGAACGAAACCUCCAGGAAAUACAGCAAGCAGGAGAACGUCUGAGAUCUAGAACUUUGACACGUACUUCACAGGACACGGCAGAUGUUAAAGCCUCUAUUCUUCUUGGAUCUAGGGGAUUAGACAUCUCUCAUAUCUCUCAAAGGUUAGAAAGUCUGAGUGCAGCUACAACAUUUGAACCAUUGGAGCCAGUGAGAGAUACUGAUAUACAGGGUUUUCUGAAAAAUGAACGAGAUAAUGCACUGUUAUCUGCUAUUGAAGAGUCACGAAGAAGGACUUUUAUGAUGGCUGAGGAAUUUCAUCGUGAAUCAAUGCUGAUGGAAUGGGAGUUGGUUAAACAAAGAGUGUUGCAUACUCUUCUAGCCCCAGGGGAAGAUGCUCUGGACAUCACACAGGAAUCAGAGCCUAGUUUUAUCAGCGAUAUAGGCCCACCAGGACGCAGCGCUUUGGAUAAUGUGGAAGUAGCCUAUGGAAAACAGAUUUAUGUAUAUAAUGAAAAAAUUUUAAACAGUCGUCUUCCACCCAAUUUAGUUGAAUUAUGUGCCUCAGUAGCAGAACGUUUGGAUGAUAAGAACAUCACUGAUCUGUGGGCUAUGGUGAAACAAAUGACUGAACUGCCUUUGGUAUCAGCAACAGAUACUCUUGACCGACGUACUCGUAUAGACAUGCAAAUAUUUUUUGUGAAGAAAGCGUUGCAGUUUCUGGAGCAAAGUUAUAAAAACUACACUACAGUGAUGGUGUUUGGAAAUCUCCAUCAGGCUCAGCUGGGAGGAAUCCCAGGGACACUGCAACUUGUUCAUGGUUUUCUCAACAUCAAACUGCCAGGGUCACUUCCAGGCCUUCAGGAUGGAGAAGUUGAUGGGCAUCCUGUCUGGGCCCUUAUUUACUACUGUAUGCGCUGUGGUGACCUGGUGGCAGCUAUGCAAGUAGUCAACAAAGCCCAUCAUCAACUUGGCGAAUUCAAAAACUGGUUUCAAGAGUACAUUAACAGUAAUGAUAAAAGAUUGACACCUGUAACAGAAAAUAAACUUCGCCUACAUUAUAGACGUGCCCUGAGAAACAGUGGUGACCCCUAUAAAAGAGCAGUAUACUGCUUGAUUGGCAAAUGUGACAUUGCUGAUAACCACAGUGAAAUUGCAGACAAAACCGAAGACUAUCUGUGGCUUAAGUUACACCAAGUUUGUUUUGAGGAAGAAGGUAGUGCUUCUCCACAGGACAGACAAACAUUACCCCAACUCCAAAAGCAGCUUCUUGAAGACUAUGGUGAGACUCACUUCGCUGCUAGUCAGCACCCUUUUCUUUAUUUCCAAGUGCUGUUCUUGACUGCCCAAUUUGAAGCUGCCAUUGCAUUUCUCUUCCGCAUUGAGCGUCUCCGUAGCCAUGCUGUCCAUGUUGCUCUUGUGCUAUAUGAGCUCAAGCUCCUGUUGAAAUCCUCUGGUCAGAGUGCUCAGCUCUUAAGCCAAGAACCUGGUGAUCCCCCCAUGAUACGACGACUGAAUUUCAUCCGAUUACUCAUGUUGUACACACGCAAAUUUGAAUCAACUGACCCCAGAGAAGCACUACAGUACUUUUUUUUCCUUCGAAAUGAGAAAGACAGCCAAGGGGAGAGCAUGUUCAUGCGCUGUGUCAGCGAGCUCGUCAUUGAGAGCAAAGAGUUUGAUAUGCUUCUUGGACGAUUAGAAAAGGAUGGGACCAGAAAGUCUGGUGUCAUUGAUAAGUUUGUUGGUGACACAAAAGCUAUCACAUACAAAGUAGCACAAGAAGCAGAAAACAAAGGGAUAUUUGAAGAAGCUGUAAAACUGUACGACCUUGCAAAGAACCCAGAUAAAGUGCUGGAGCUGAUGAACAAACUUCUGAGUCCUGUGAUAUCACAAGUGAGUGCUCCUCAGUCCAACAAAGAACGAUUAAAAAACAUGGCUUUGGCAAUUGCUGAGCGCUAUAGAUCUCAGAGUAUUUCUGCUGAAAGCUCAAUCAACAGCACUUUCUAUCUCCUCCUGGAUCUAAUAACAUUUUUUGAUGAAUACCAUGCUGGCCACAUUGAUAGGUCAUAUGAUGUCAUAGAGCGACUCAAGUUGGUCCCACUCAGCCAGGACAGUGUGGAAGAAAGAGUGAAUGCUUUUAAAAAUUUCAGUGAUGAGAUUCGUCAUAACCUUUCAGAAGUACUACUUGCCACUAUGAAUAUUUUGUAUACUCAAUAUAAGAAAUUAAGAGGAACAACAGCCACUCCAGCAAGGACUCCAAGAGCAGUGGAAGAUAGAGAGACACAACUGCGAAGCCAAGCACGUGCUCUGAUAACUUUUGCAGGGAUGAUUCCUUACCGCAUGGCAGGAGACACAAAUGCUCGACUUGUACAAAUGGAGGUGCUCAUGAACUGAAGCAGUAGCCUACAGGAGACUUACAAAUUCCUUAGGUUAAAGACAGCCAUCUACAUUUGUCAAUUUUUUAUUUGUAUUUUCACUUGGUUGAAAUAAAAUACCUUUAGUUUACAUUUAUA